UAAUAAAUAACAAUGAUGGGUCGUGCGUGUUGUCUUGUGUUGUCGUGUGUUUUGGUCCACUUAGUACAGCUACUACACGGAACUGAACAGCAGACUGAAAACAAGAACCUCUCGACCAUAAUUUUAAAUGGAAACUAUUCAGACUAUUAUACCUUUAAUGUCAACAGGACAGUGGAAUACAUUUUUCAGUUUCCUGCCUCAGAGGAUAUGAUAGAUAAGCCAGCAAGAAUUACCGUAGAAUGCAAGGAUUCCAACCGAAGUUUUCCAGUACUUGUUGUCGUAAGACAGCAAAAAGGUGUCUUGUCCUGGCAGUUGCCUCUUCUUGUGGAGACUGAAUCAGAUUCACUAGAGUACUCGAGAACAUCACGCACUUUAUGUCCUGACAACAGUCGUUAUUUCGCAGGGAACAAUGUGAAAACGCUUUAUCAAUAUAUUAUUGUUAGCAUAUCAACGGCAAGUAAUCAAAAUUUGUCGGUGUCUCUACUCGUCUCGAGGAAAGAGGAUUUUCGAAUCAGGUUGUCAGAUACACGCAAUAUAACUGUGCUGCCAGCAGAACCACAAUAUUUUGCUUUCAGAUUUCCACAGAGUGGUCCUGACACAGUUCUUUUACGUGUAGAUUCUGAUAGUCAGGUGUGCAUGAUGGUUUCGAUACAAAACAUGAGUUGCCCGGUGUUCGAUCUCGAGCAGAAUGUCCAUUUUGAAGGCUUCUGGGAGACAGUGAAUGUUCGUGGAGGUAUAACCUUACCGAGGGAUGCAUUUCCUUUGGGAUUCUAUGUGGUGUUUGUGGUGAAAGGAGAUGAUGUGGAUUGCUCUGGACCAGACCAGCCAAUUAUAAAGCCUAGAAACAAGACACUCUCUUUCUCACUUUCACCCAGCAUUACUUACCAGAAGUAUCUUGUAGCAGCAUGUGUUGCAAUUGCCGCCUUUGCGCUGUUUUAUAUCUUCUCUAUUGCCAUCUCUGUUGUCUAUUUAAUAAGGGUUCGAAGGAGUUUGCCUUCUACUUCUGAUGUAUUGGAUGAUGAAUGUACACUCCCAUCUGUGUUUUCACCAGGCAGUGAGAGUACAAGCACAAUUCCAAGGGCUGCUUCAGAUUCAUCACUGGAUGAAACUGAUAUUGAUGUUCUACAUGAUGCAGAAAUGGACAAGGAUAUAUUUCGAACAAAGACAGUGUUAUAUGUUGCUGACCUUGCUCGGAAGGAUCCCAGAAUAUUGCGCCAAAAAAGUCAGUUGUAUCUUUGGAAUUUACUUACAGUUGCUGUCUUUUACUCGCUCCCUGUUGUUCAACUUGUCAUCACAUACCAGUUGGUUUUAGAUCAGACUGGGAAUCAGGACCUGUGCUACUACAAUUUUCUGUGUGCACACCCAUUUGGUCUUUUAAGUGACUUCAAUCAUAUAUUUUCCAAUCUUGGUUACAUACUGCUGGGACUUCUCUUUAUAAUUCUUACUGCACGAAGAGAUCGCAUGCACCGCUGUUCUGAUUCCAGAUUUGAUAAGUAUUAUGGCAUCCCUCAACACUAUGGACUUUUCUACGCAAUGGGUGCAGCGCUUAUGAUGGAAGGAGUUCUGAGUGCAUGCUACCACGUUUGCCCCAACCAUUCAAAUUUUCAGUUUGAUACAAGUUUUAUGUACGUGAUUGCAAUGCUUUGCAUGCUAAAGAUAUACCAGACCCGCCACCCAGACAUAAAUGCUAGUGCUUAUUCAACAUUUGGCGUUUUGGCUUGUGUCAUCUUGAUUGGCAUGGCUGGUGUGCUAAAAGGCGGAGUGUAUUUCUGGAUUGGAUUCACAUGUUUACAUCUGAUUACGUGCUUGGUGCUUAGUGUACAGAUUUACUACAUGGGUCGCUGGACAUUGGAUUUCAGUGCCAUCAAGAGAGUAUUUGUACUUAUCUAUUUUGAUCUCCGUGCCAGUCCACUGCACUGCAUUCGUCCACUUUAUCCAAAUCGAAUGGUGUUGCUCACGCUUGGUAACUUGUGCAAUAUUGCAUUAGCUGUACUGGGGUUGAAAUAUCACCUACGUGACUUUGCAACAUAUUUGCUGUCUAUAUUUAUGGCAAAUCUGCUGCUAUAUACUUUCUUCUACAUAGUAAUGAAGCUUUGUCACCGUGAGCGCAUACUGGUGCAACCAUUGCUGUACAUUAUAUUGUCUUUUGCAUCAUGGGGAGCAGCUCUGUACUUCUUCUUUAACAAAUCUAUAUCAUGGGCACUAACACCAGCACAGUCUCGCCAGUAUAAUCAACCGUGUGAGAUCUUAGAUUUCUAUGAUAAGCAUGAUAUAUGGCACUUCUUGUCUGCUGCAAGCAUGUUCUUUUCAUUUAUGGUUCUCCUCACAUUGGAUGAUGAUCUUAUUGAUGUACACAGAAGCAAAAUUCCUGUUUUCUGAAUGGUUAUCAGAUUGAUGAUCUUUUGAAAUAAAUGGAAUUUUUGAUUUGACUGUUGCUAGAGGAUAAUAGUCUGCAGUAUAUUGUGUUAGUGAAUAAAGAGUGUGUGUGUGUGUGUGUGUGUGUGUUUACAGUUAUAUAUCUGUGCCAGAACAUAUUUUUCUGCUGGACAAAUCUCUGCAUGUAAAUCCUGUUUAUGUGCAGUCGAGAAAAGUAGAAAAGCAUGUUCCAUUAGAAGCAUAUAAAUUACCAUUCCUAAAAAUUAUGUUUCGAAAACACUUUGGAAUCCAGAAGUUAAUUGAAAUCAAAAAUAUAUAUUUAUUGAAUCAGAACUAUAUAUUUAUUGGGCCAUGACAUCUAACUAAUGAUGUUGCUUUACUUUUAAAAAGUUAUCAAUUCCUCAAAUGCCUCUUGGUGUAAACAUUGCUACAAUAGCUUAUGUGAUGUUUAUAUCAACCUGAAUUAGUGACACAAAUAAUUUUUUUCUUGUACUGUCUUCCAGUGCUUGGUUUUUAUACUGCCACAAAAUUUUAAAACAGCAGACUGCUGCACAAAGUAAGAUUCAUUCUUGGGUCUUGUUCUUCAGCAUUCCUAUUUUGGUGUAACUGCUUUGAGGCAUUUAAAAAUUCAAAGCCAAAAUUCGGCAUUCUUUCCAUUUUCUUUCUUCUUAGAAUGAUUGAGAAUGUAAUUCAAACUGAAUGUCUUUUUCUCAAAACUAUGAGUCAUUAAUUUCUGUUCUCUUAAGCAAGUAUUUCUCAGUUUAUAAUCGCAUAAAUUUGCACUCAUUUUUCCCCUUCCUUUUGAUAAAUUUCUAUGUAUAUACAGGGUAUUUUCAUGGUGAUGGGGAGAAUAUUUAGGGAUGAUGAAAAAGCAUAAAAAUAGCAAAAUACAAUGAAGAUUAUCAGUCUGGAAACUGCCCAAUCAAGAGUUAUAAAACAUAUUAAUUGCUGGUAGCCAUUUUUAGAUAUACAGCCAAGACUGACUCAGCUUGAUUAGGCUGAACGUAUAAGAUUGGUGUUUUGUUUUAUGCUUUCAGAUUUGAAAACCUUGACAGUUUGAUAGUUUUUUGGGGGUUUAAUUAAACAGAGCAAGGUCAUCCUCAGUUUAAUUAUAUAUAUGAUGACUGUUCACUCGGACAUGUCCUAAAGAACAGACACAACAUGUGUAAUUAAUUAAGGUAACAAUGGCAAAUGAUCCCUUCAGUGCACAUGCACACCAUGCACAAACUCAUAUAGGAAUUGAUGAAAUACUGCAAGUAAUGAGGAUAAUGGGCAAGAGACACUAUAUUCGUAGUUUG